CUGAGUCCUCAGUAAUUCAGUCGGCGCCUGUCCUUUGCAACGUCUGCUAGGCGCUAUCAGUCGUGUGUUUUUCCUGUUGGCAUAGAGCUUUAGCUUGGCUAGCGCCCCUAUCAUGCCUACCCCUUGAACAUCAUUAAAUUGACUUUGAAGUUUGGCCUAGUUCUGUAAGAUGGCAGAUAAGAGAAGAGGCAAGAAGCGAUCCAAGGCCUUCUACAUCCAGAGUAGCCUGCCUUCUGGCAAGAAGAUGCGAAGGGACAGGUUCUUGGACGUGGGUAUGAGAGGCUUUCUCCUGACCUGUAACCGCAUGGAGCUGCUCUGCCUCCGCGAGGCCUACUCCCUGCUGAGCGAGUACGCCGACAAGCUGUAUGGUCCAGAGAAAAUGGGAGGGGAUAACGAUGCUAGCUCUGGAAGUGAAUCGGAAUCUGAGCCUGAAGAUAUAGAGGCCUCGCUGCGCAGGGAAGUAGCCGAGAUGAAACAGAAACGAGAACAGAAGGAGAUGAGGUUUGAGGCAAUCAACAGUGGUGCCAAGAAUGUCAUCUUCAUCAGAACCCAGUUGGUGGAUCCUACGGAGUUGGUGCACCACAUAAUGACUGAUAUAGCCAACACCCAGACAUGCAAAUCCUGCCAUAUCAUGCGCAUGCUGCCAGUCAGUGUCACUUGUCGUGCCAGCAUCGAAGAUAUCUCAAAGCACGCCCCAGAAUUCCUCUACCCGUACUUCCACACGGAUGGCGUCACGCCGGCUACGUUCGCCGUCAGGAUCAAGAUCCGAAACAACGGCACCCUCAAGCGAGACGACAUCAUCAAGUUGUUGGCUACUGAGGUAACGUGCAAAGGCCCGAAGCAUAAAGUCGAUCUGGACAACCCGGAUUUGUCUGUGGUUGUCGAAAUCAUCAAGCACGUCUGUUGUCUCAGUGUCCUGAGGGACUUUAGCAAGUUCAAGCGGUACAACUUGCAAGAGAUCGUUGGGGAUGGAGAUGCUGCCCGGAAAGCCUCCCCUGGCCGAAGUGCCAAGGCAGCCCCCGAAAUCCUAGAAACGAAGGACGCCUCUACGACAGCACAGGAUCAAAAAAAUAACACGGAAGAGAUAACUGAAAAGCCGACAAACGAGGAAAAUUUAGAUUUACCUCAAGGUCAGGAUAAUACGCUGGACAACGCUGAUCAAAAAGAGAAAGAUCCUGAGCGUGAAAACGCCCAGCAGAAACAGAAAUGUUACCAGGGGAUAUCGGCGCAGGACAGUAAGGAACAGUUGGUUGUAGAUCCGGAGAAACAAGUCAGUAGUUGGAGUGACACUGGGUGAAGUAAAUGGCAGCCAAAUCAUCACCCCAGUGUGGUGGUCAUAAUUUCAAACUUAAUGGCCUCAUGCUGCUUACCGAUAAGCACUUUGGGGCCAAUGAAACAUGCAUCAACCCUGCAUUAUUUCCAGUUUCCAUUGUUGUAUUCGAGUCCAUCACNCCCUGUAAGUCCAUCACAAGUCCCUGU